GUCGUGGACGCCAACCCCAUCUGGUGGGGGCAGAAGGCGCAGGGAGGCGGCGAGUUUACGUUGUCAAAAUGCCUGGAUGCAGUGAUGGUGAUGGGGAAUUCGCACUUGUUCAUGAAUCGCAACAACAGACUUGCUGUGAUUGCAAGCCAUACACAAGAAAGUCGUUUCUUAUACCCUGGAAAGCGCUGGGCAUUUGCAGAUCUCUUUGGAGAUGGUGGCAGCUGUGUAGAAUCUAAUUGCGCUGGCAGCAAGGAUGGAAAAUACGAAUUAUUAACUGCCAUAAAUGAAACAAUCGCAGAGGAGAUUAAAGAACUCAUGACAAAAACUGAUGUGAAGGGCCAACAAACAGAAACUUUAUUGGCAGGAUCAAUUGCCAAAGCACUUUGUUAUAUUCACAGGCUGACCAAGGAGGUAAAAGCCAACCAAGAAAUAAAAUCAAGAAUUUUGGUUAUAAAAGCUGCAGAAGACAGUGCAUUGCAGUAUAUGAAUUUCAUGAAUGUGAUCUUUGCAGCACAGAAACAGAAUAUUUUGAUUGAUGCCUGUGUUUUGGAGAACGAUUCGGGGCUCCUACAGCAGGCUUGUGACAUCACAGGAGGCAUAUACUUGAAAGUGCCCCACAUGCCGUCCCUUCUGCAGUAUUUGUUGUGGGUUUUUCUUCCUGACCAAGAGCAAAGAUCUCAACUCAUCCUUCCACCCCCCAUUCAUGUUGACUAUAGAGCUGCUUGCUUCUGCCAUCGCAAUCUCAUUGAAAUCGGUUACGUUUGCUCCGUGUGUUUGUCAAUAUUCUGCAACUUCAGUCCUAUCUGUAGCACAUGCGAGACUGCUUUUAAGAUUUCCUUGCCUCCUGUCCUGAAGGCCAAGAAAAAGAAACUAAGAGUAGCUGUAUAGCAACUUUACAGAUACACGCUGUUACCUCAUGCAUAUAGUUCUGUUAAACAGAAUAUGACUUAGAAUUUGGUGACGGUUUUUUUUUUUUCUUCCAAAGGAUGAGAGAAUUGUAUUCAGGUGUUGAUGUUAAUUCCUUAAGGACUAAACAUGUAAGUGUCAUGCAUUACAUGCACCAGCCCUUUCGUUAGAUGAAUGGUUGCAUUGGUGCCUAAUCCGUGUGAUUUUAAAACCACAUUCUUGCUUGUGAUUGUCGGAAACCAAGCACUGCUUUUUCUUAAAUACUUGUGAAGCAAGCAGUGUCCUGAUGAUGCCAGAAUAGGUUUCUAGCCUGAGAGCGCACAAGGCCCUGAUUUGGCAAACACUUACGCACAUGUGUUUAAAGCAAACCUAAGUAUGGCCAUCAGCACUUGUGGGAUCUAGAUCUUAGUGUUAGAGACCUAAUUUGCAGUUCCCGGGGAAUCAGAAUCCUGUUGAUUUGCUUGGAAGUGUUACCUGCAGGCAGGCUGCAGCAGGAUGAGACUCUUGGGAAAUGACCCAAGGUUUUCAACACAGUUUACAGUCUGCUCUCCUUUGUAAAGAGUUAAAUCUGAUUUUUUGUUUUUCCCACUGCACCAUUUUUUUAGUGGCAUUAUGUCCUUUCUGGGCAUUUCUUUUUUCCUUCCUCACUUUGAUAUCUUCUCUCCAAACAAAUAUUGUUUGAAAUCUAUUCAUCUGAGUAACUAUUACCAUGUAAUACGCAGA